AGCACGCAUUCAUCAUUAGAAUUGGUUAUCAAUUUUACACCGGCUCUAGCACAAUGUCACCUAUAGAAUAUAAACCAGCUUCUAUCAGUGAGCUUUAUAAUAUCAGAAAAUGACUUUGUGUGACAAUGAACAAUUUCCAACAGUUUUCCAUUAAAUCUUGCAGCGAGUAUAAUAGUGUUAAUAACGAUAAUAAAAUACACGAGAGAAAACUUUUCUUUUAUCGUAAAAUCAAUGUUGUUUUACAUUAAAAUAUACAAUUACGAAUGUUUUAAAAGCAGUUUAUAUAAAAGUAAAGCUUGAGUGGACAUCGGUUUAAUGACAUCUUUUUCAAUGUUGGAGUAAAACCUUGUUUUUUAUCGGUUAACUAAUUUACCCGAAUAUAUCAUUCUAUACAAUAAAGAUUGUAUUAUUACGCGCUACAUGUAAAGUUAUAAAGGAAAAUAAACUCCAGUAUGUGACACUUUACAAUAAGUUAUUCAACUGUGAGGUUCAUCUAAAGUUACAGAGAUGUUUUUGAAAGGAAGUUUAACAUGUAUAGUGGUUUUAUAUAUACAAAUUGUCACAGCACAAUAUCAAGACAUCAGUCAUUUACUUGAUGACUUACAGAAAGGAUACAGGAAACAUGUGUUACCGACGAGGAAGGCUAAUUCUUAUGUUGCCGUUAAAGUUUAUCCAGCGAUAGUUCGAAUAGACGAUCUAAAUUCAGGGAAAGAAGAAUUAUCGUCGACAAUCAGCCUGUCAAUGCGCUGGACGGAUGACCGACUGUCCUGGGACCCGAGAGACUAUGGUGGUGUCACCGAAGUAUACAUGCCAGCGUCUGCUAUUUGGUUGCCCGAUAUUACUGUCCAUAACACUGUGUCGAUUCCCGAGCCAUUCACUGAUCAAUUAGUGGAAGUAUCAAGUCUAGGAACUGUACUUUACGUAAACAACGUGCAAGCACGAUCAUACUGUCCAGUGGAUUUGGAAUGGUUCCCACGUGAUCAACACACGUGUGACUUGAUAUUUAGCUCAUGGAUAUACUCGAGCAAGAAAAUGAUGAUGGAGUUCAUGCACGUAAACACGAGUACUACAGACAUUCCUGUUCUUGCUGACACAGAUCCAAACAUAAUUAACCUGGACAGUCAUAAGUGGCAAUUGCGAGCACGAAAAGCCCGUGCAGAAAUCAAUAUGUUGACGUAUGCAUGUUGUCCAGAAGAGUCAUAUUUCCAACUGAAGAUUGCCAUUACAAUGAACAGAAAUGUCUCGUUCUUCAGAUGUAUUACAAACAUGUUUAUUUUUCCAAUGCUCGUGAUUUCCAUGAUUGUACCUUUCCAGUUUCUAUUACCACGAAAACUGUCAUCAAGGCAAACCUUUGGGCUAUUCCUAUUGUUUGGAGAAUGUUUGCCACUGAUAGUUUUGUCUUCUGAAAUCCCAGAGCAUUCGAGUAUUCCCUUUAUAGGAAUUAUCAACAUAUUGUGCAUUUUUGUUGCGAUGUUCGCAUUGAUUGCGUCAAUCAUUGUUUCAAAGAUAUCUGAUACAAAUAGGAAACAUUUACCUAUUUGUCUACAAAAUAUUCUAAGAAAAACCACGUCACAAAAGAAUAAAGGGAAUAAAGGAGAAAGUAACUCAACUAUAGACAGUAGGAAAGAAAUAGAUCGAAAUGGUCUUUUGCCGGAGAACCAUUACAUUGAAAUGGACGUCAUAGACUCUUCUAAUGAAAGGAACGGAGAAAUGAAUAUUUGUAAUGGAAGAACAAAUGAACACAAUGAUUUAGCAAAUAGUGGCAACAAUAUUGAAGUAACCGAUACCAUACUGAAUAACGAUAGAGAGAGAAUUAAUCUAAUCUUAACAAAGAUUUUGAGAGAAUUAAAACAGAAACAUUCAUCAACAAAUAAUGAAUUAAUUAGAAAAGAAAACGAACUUUAUUUGAUGUUGGCAGCGUACAUUGACAAAAUGUUCUUUUAUGUUUUUAUGGUGCUUUCAUUAAUAAUACUUAUUGUUUUGAUUAUAAUUUUGUUGGUGUAAAGUGUAUUUCAUAACUCAUUAAUUGAUAUCGUUUAACUGAAGUAUCAGCUUAUUUAUUUUAUACGUUCGUGUCAUAUCAGGCGGUGAUAUCAACAUAUUGUUGUUCAUUUGUCUUCAAAUAAAGUACAAAGUCAAUACUACAACAUGAUAAACGUGCCUUAUUAAAUCCGAUGUACUGGGAAAUGCGUUCGUUGAAUGCCCCCUUCCUUAUUGAUCUUUGUUUCCUGUUUCAAAAUACUUCUCGGAAAUAAUUUAAUUAAGUUCAUAGUUUAAUAACAGUUUUGUGCAUUAGAAUAAUGUAACAUUCGUGCCCUAUCUUGAUUUCAGAUGAUAACAGCUUGUUGUUAGAUAAUCAGUCUUGUAGCUGAUCUUAAAUAACUUUGCGAUGAUAUGAAACAUGCUAUUUAUUCCAUGUUUAUUUAUAUGUAUAUUUUCAAUAUUUUUAUUAAUUUAUUUAUGUGGAUUUUUUCUCUACAGUUGGUCAGUUAUUAAGGGCAAAUGAAUUGUUCCCGACAUUUCAUAUUUCAUGAUGUUCAUUUUAUGUUUUAAAUUGUAUGGAAAUGAAAUAAAUAGUAAUUCAACCACAUUCUUGGUCACACCUUCUUUAUAGUCUAUGUCAAUUUAUAUUUGUUGCUUAUGUUUAUCAUUUUUAUCGGAGGACUACACA